AUGGCGAAUCAAUCCCAGAAAAUUGUGUAUAAGCUGGUACUGACUGGAGGGCCUUGCGGCGGUAAAACUACUGGACAAUCCCGACUUAGCACAUUCUUCGAAAACUUGGGAUGGAAGGUGUUCCGGGUGCCGGAAACGGCUACCGUCCUCUUAAGUGGUGGCAUCAAGUUCGCAGAUCUCAGCCCAGAUGAAGCAAAAAGCCCAAUAAUUGUCCCCGAUGAUAAAUGUCGGGGUCACUGCAAAAGGUGCACUGCCGCCGCUAUGGCUCAAGCGAGGCAAGGUGACUCUGCGAUAAAGUUCCAGGAGAAUUUGCUGAAGACCAUGAUUCAAAUAGAAAACACAUUCUUCGAACUGGGGCGAACAUGUCAACGGAACUGUCUCAUUAUAUGCGAUCGAGGAGCCAUGGACGCUAGUGCAUUUAUAUCUAAGGAGAAGUGGGAGGCGAUGCUUGUCGCUAACAACUGGCACAGUGUGGAGCUGCGAGACAACAGAUACAAUCACAUCGUGCACAUGGUCUCUGCGGCAAAUGGCGCGGAAGACUUUUACUCCACUGAAGACCACGCCUGUCGCUCGGAGGGCGUGGAGAUGGCGCGGGAGCUGGACUACAACGCGGCGGCGGCGUGGAUCGGCCACCCGUACUUUGAUGUCAUCGACAACUCGACGGACUUCGACAAGAAGAUGAACCGGCUGAUAGCGUGCGUGUGCCAGCGCGUCGGCAUCGACACCGGCGACCGCCUCAACGUCAACUCGAAGAAGCGCAAGUUCCUUGUCAAGUCCCCCCUGCUGCCCGACGGGGAGUUCCCCGCGUUCCAGGACUUCGACGUGGUGCACAACUACCUGCAGAGCGACUUCCGCAAGGCGCAGGUGCGGCUGCGCAAGCGCGGGCAGAAGGGCCACUGGUCGUACAUCCACACGGUGCGCAAGUUCCACCCCACCAACGGGCAGUCCGUGGAGGUGCGCACGCAGCUCACGCACCGCGACUACCUCAACAUGCUGCCGCAGCGCGACGACGCGCACUUCACCAUCUUCAAGAAGCGGCGCUGCUUCAUAUACAACAACCAGUACUACCAGCUCGACAUUUACAGGCAGCCCACGCAUCCCAGGUGUCGUGGUCUGGUGCUGCUUGAGACGUACAGCGCUGCGUACAAUCAGGACGCGCUAUUAGCGUCCCUGCCAAAGUUCCUAAGCAUUGAGAAAGAAGUGACGGGAGAUCCGGCAUACUCUAUGUACAACUUGUCCUUAAAAGAGGAUUGGAAAACCUCUACAAAGUAUUAUGCAGGCUCAGAUAAGGGGCGCGUAAAGUGUUUAACUAACGGUCAUAGUGAAAAACUGAACGGCCACUCCAAUAAGAUAAACGGUCACGCUGAAAAGCUGAACGGCCACCAAGCGGAGCCGCCGAGCGCCGACCCGCCGCUGUGCCGCCACGGCGACCUCGCCGCGCUCGACUACAACAACAUCCCACACUCACCAAAGAUACCCAAAAAAGCUCUUAAAGUA